AUGGACGGGCAAGCACAUAAGCCUCACCGGGCGUCCAAGAAGUCCAAGGAGAAGAAGACACAACAUCAAGGAGGCCAAAAUCCAAAAGCCUUCGCCUUUUCCAACCCCGGCAAGCUCGCGAAACAAGCGGCGCGCUCCCACGAUAUCAAAGAGAAGCGCCUCCACGUUCCUCUCGUCGACCGCCUGCCCGAUGACCCCCCCCCGCGACUUGUCACCAUUGUCGGUCCCCCGGGCUCCCUGAUCCGCCGCUAUGCGAAAGAAACCAUCUCGGACCCGGUGGGGCCUAUCACGGUCGUCACCUCUAAGAAACAACGGUUGACCUUCAUCGAGUGCCCGAACGAGCUAGAAGCGAUGGUCGACAUUGCGAAGGUGGCUGACAUUGUGUUGCUGAUGAUUGACGGGAACUACGGCUUCGAGAUGGAGACGAUGGAGUUCCUCAACAUCCUCGCCGCCACGGGUAUGCCGGGCAACGUCUUUGGUAUCCUCACCCACCUCGACCUGUUCAGGAAACCGCAGGCACUCAAGGAUGCCAAGAAGAGGCUAAAGCACAGGCUAUGGAGUGAGCUCUACCAGGGCGCCCAUCUAUUCUACCUCUCCGGCGUCCUGAACGGCCGCUACCCCGACCGCGAAUUCCACAACCUCUCCCGCUUCCUAUCCGUUAUGAAGAACCCCCGACCGCUCGUGUGGAGAAACUCGCAUCCGUACACCAUCAUCGACAACUACCGAGACAUCACCCACCCCACCAAGAUUGAGGAGGAUGAGAAUUGCGACCGGUCUAUUGAACUCUCUGGCUACUUGCGCGGCACCAACUUCGCCGCCCAAGGGCAGAGAGUACACAUUGCUGGCCUGGGAGACUUCACAAUAUCCAGUAUGGAGGUACUACCUGACCCUUGUCCGACACCCGCCAUGGACCAGGCGCUCGCCAAAAUCACCGGGAAAACGGGCAGGAGGCGCUUGGACGAGAAGGACAAAAGGCUGUGGGCCCCCAUGGCCGACCGGAGCGGCAUGAAGAUUACUGGCGACCACAUCGUCAUCACUCGGGAGAAGGGUUUUGCUUUCGACAAGGAUGCUGAGGGUGUCGAGCGCGGCGAAGGCGAGCAGCUUAUUGUUGAUCUUCAGGCCGAAAGGAGGCUUCUCGGCUACACUGACAAGGGCGUCAAACUUUUCGCAACCGGGGAACAGAUCGCCGAGGUCCCGGAGGAGGCUGACAGCGGGAGGAAAAGCCAAAGAACAGCUCGCUUCCUUGAGCGGGGUGCCUCUGAUGACGAAGGGGACAUGCCUGAAGACGAGGGGUUCGUUAGCGGCGAGGAAGAGGAGGAGGGGUCCGAUGUCGAGGCCGAGUUCGACGAGCAAAAGUUGGGCAAAAUGUUCCGGAAACAGGCCGAUAAAGACCAAGGGGAUGACGUUGCCUUCGCCGAUAGCGACUCUGAUCUGGGUUCCUUGUCCGGAGAAGACGGUCCGGAUGAGGACGAGGACGACGAGGCUGAGGAGUUUGACUCCGACGAAGAGGGCGCAGCUGUCAGGUGGAAAGACAACAUGAUGGAGCGGGCAAAGAUGCUCCACGGGAAAAGACGCCCUUACCGGGCAGUAGACCUUGCUAGGUUUAUGUACGAUACGACCCUGACACCAAAGGAAGCGCUCCAAAAGUGGAAGGGUGAGGAGGAUGAGGAAGUGGAAGAGGAUAUCGAGCAGGACGACGACACCUUUUUCCGGAGGACAGGAAACGACGAUAAGGAGGAUUUAGUCGAAGACCGGUCGAUACCUCGUUUCGACUAUGAAGAAUUAGCUGCGAGAUGGUCGAACGAGGAUGCUGUCGAAGCCCUCCGCAGCAGGUUCGCCACAGCUAAUUUAGUUGAUGAGGAUGGUGGUGACGAAGAAUUCGGCGAGGAUGACGAGGAUGGUUUUGGGGAUGAGGAUGAAGACGAUGAGGGUGACGGUGCCUUCGAGGAUCUGGAAACAGGAGAGUCACAUGGUUUGGAACAGGAUGAGGAGAAGAGCGAAGAGGAGAAGAGCGAAGAGGAGCCUGAAGAGAACUUGGAAGCGGAGCGAGAAAAGAACGCCCGCCGUAAAGAAGAACUCAGGCUCCGGUUCGAGGAGGAGGAUCGCGAGGGCUUCAAAAACGACAAGGCCGUGUCGAGGAGAGAGGGCGGCGAUCAAGAUUUCGCCGAGGACGAGUGGUACGACGCGCAAAAGGCCAUGUUGCAGAAGCAGCAGGACAUCAACAAGGCCGAGUUUGAGGAGCUCGACGAGAGCCAGCGGUUGGCCGUUGAGGGCCUCCGAGCCGGCAAGUACGCCAAGUUGGUCCUCGAAGGCGUCCCGGCCGAGUUCGUCAACCGGUUCCAAGCGCGGCUGCCCAUCAUUGUGGGUGGUUUGUCGCCAACGGAGGACAGGUUUGGGUUUGUCCAGGUCAGGAUCAAGAGGCAUCGGUGGCACAAGAAGAUCCUCAAAACGGGCGACCCCCUUAUCUUCUCGCUCGGCUGGCGGCGGUUCCAAUCACUCCCCAUCUACUCCAUCUCGGACUCCCGGACGCGGAACAGGAUGCUCAAGUACACCCCUGAGCACAUGCACUGCUUCGGCACCUUCUACGGGCCCUUGAUUGCACCCAACACAGGUUUCGCCUGUUUCCAGUCCUUCUCGUCCUCCAACCCGGGCUUCCGGAUCGCCGCAACGGGGACGGUAUUGAGCGUUGACGAAUCUACCGAGAUCGUCAAGAAGCUUAAGCUUACCGGCACACCGUACAAGAUAUUCAAGAACACGGCCUUUAUCAAGGAUAUGUUCAACUCUUCCCUCGAGAUCGCCAAGUUCGAAGGCGCCGCCAUCAAGACCGUCUCAGGCAUCCGUGGCCAGAUCAAGCGCGCCCUCGCCAAACCAGACGGCCACUUCCGCGCCACCUUCGAGGACAAGAUCCUGCUCAGCGACAUCGUCUUCCUCCGCGCCUGGUACCCGAUCAAGCCGCACCGCUUCUACAACCCAGCCACCAACCUCAUCGGCUGGCAGAGCAUGCGGUCGACGGGCGAGAUCCGCCGCGAUCAGGACCUGGCUACCCCGCUCCUCAAAAACAGCCAGUACCGCAAGAUCGAGCGCCCGACGCGCCACUUCAACCCGCUGCGCGUGCCCAAGGCCGUCGCCGCCAGCCUGCCCUUCAAGUCGCAGCUCGAGCAGGUCGCCAAGCGCAAGGCGAAGAAGGACGAGAAGCGCGAGGAGUACAAGAAGAAGAUCGCGGGGAUUGAGGAGCGGCUGGAGAACAAGGAGCGCAGGGAGAAUAAGGCGUAUUGGGGAGCGCGAGGGGCGCAAGCGGAAGCCGGGUGA